CUUUUAAAUUUUUUAUCCACCUAAGAGCUUCACUAAAUUAUAGUAACAAUGACACUGUUAAGUGUUCAAGAAUUGGCUUUUCUUUUUGGCCUUUUAGGUAAUAUUGUUUCAUUUAUGGUGUUCUUAGCACCAGUUCCAACUUUUUACAAAAUAUACAAAAAAGGAUCAUCAGAAGGGUUUCAAGCGAUACCAUAUGUCGUUGCAUUAUUCAGUGCAGGACUAUUACUAUACUAUGCUUAUCUCACAAAAAAUGCCUUCCUCAUCGUCACCAUUAAUGCCUUUGGAUGUGUUAUUGAAUUAACUUACAUAUUCUUGUUUCUCUUUUAUGCUUCCAAAAAGUCCAAGAUGACAACAGUGUGGCUGAUGCUCUUGGACGUGGGAGCGUUAGGAAUUGUGAUGCUAUUUUCUUAUUUAUUUGCAAAAGGCACCAAAAGAGUAGAAAUAGUUGGAUGGAUUUGUGCUAUUGUCAAUAUUGCUGUUUUUGCCGCUCCUUUAAGCAUAAUGAGGCAAGUAAUAAAAACGAAGAGCGUAGAGUUCAUGCCCUUUACUUUAUCAUUAUUCCUCACUCUCUGUGCCACGAUGUGGUUCUUCUAUGGAUAUUUCAAAAAGGACUAUUACAUUGCUCUUCCAAACGUGCUGGGAUUUCUGCUUGGAAUUGUUCAAAUGAUACUAUAUAUUGUCUACAAAUAUGCGAGGAGAAAGUAUAAUGGAGAAUGGGAGCUUGAAGGAAUUGACAUUAAUAUCAAGACAGAUGGUAAUUUUGAAAACAAAAUAGUGAGCUCAAUGGAGAAGCCUUCUUUGGAGAAUGGGCAUCAAAGUAACCAAGAACACAAUAGGGAUAUGACGAGCGUUUUGACUUUGAAGUAAAGCGGCGCGAAUUAAAAUUAGUCCGACUAAUAUAUUUACAAUAUUAUUGAAAUAUACUAGUACUAAAAAAAACGUUAUUUUAUGUUUCUGUCUAAAUUAUAAAGUGGUCUUGUCCGUUCCUUUAUCGGAAACAACCUCUCUAUCCCAGGAUAGGGGUAAGAUCUGCGUACACACUACCUUCCCCAGAAUCCACUAUUGUGGAAUUAUAUUGGGUUGUUAUUGUCUUGACCGCUCCUCAUCUUGAAUACAUGCCCUUGUGAAUGUAUCACUCUUUUAAAAGUUAAUGUAUGGGUGGGGAUCAACCUAUUUAUUAAUCAUGUACCACACUAUAUCUGAUUUAAAUAAAAAUAAAGAAUUAAGUAUUUCCCUUA